AUGAGUGAAAAGAAGGUGCACCUUCGGUUGCGGAAGGAACUUAGCGUACCCAUUGCGGUCGUCGAAAACGAAUCCCUGGCGCAAUUGUCCUACGAAGAAGAAAGCCAGGCCUCUCUAAUGAAUAUUUCGAUGGAGCAACAGCAGUUGAGGUUACACUCACAUUUUGACAACUCCAAGGUCUUUACAGAAAAUAGCAGAUACGUAGUCAAAACCCUUCAAACAGACUACAAUAGUGGAUUCAGUAACGGUGACCAAUUGAAUGGAUAUAUCGAUAUGCAAAUUGGAUAUGGGCUAGUCAAUGACCAUAAGAAAGUUUACAUCUGGAAUAUUCACUCUACUCAGAAAGAUACACCUUAUAUAACUGUACCAUUUCGUUCUGAUGAUAAUGAUGAAAUAGCAAUUGUGCCUAGGUGCAUACUAACUUUUCCUGCUACAAUGGAUGAGUCUCCGUUAGCACUGAAUCCUAAUGAUCAGGAUGAAACUGGAGGACUCAUUAUUAUUAAAGGUAGCAAAGCGAUAUACUAUGAGGACAUCAAUUCUAUAAAUAAUUUAAACUUCAAGUUAUCUGAAAAAUUCUCUCAUGAGUUAGAAUUACCUAUCAACUCUUCAGGUGGAGAGAAAUGUGACCUAAUCUUAAACUGCGAACCUGCUGGUAUAGUACUUUCUACAAAUUUGGGCAGAAUUUUUUUUAUUACCAUUAGAAAUUCUAUGGGCAAACCUCAAUUGAAAUUAGGCAAACUAUUGAAUAAAACUUUCAAGUUAGGUAUCUGGUCCAAGAUUUUCAAUACAAACAGUUUAGUUGUCUCAUUACGUAAUGGACCGAUCCUCGGUAAGGGAACAAGGUUGGUGUAUAUUACUACCGACAAUGGAAAUUUCCAAACAUGGCAAUUAUCUGCCACUAAUUCCCACCCAACAAAAUUGAUUGAUGUCAACAUUUUUGAAGCCAUUUUAGAGUCUCUGCAGGAUUUAUACCCAUUUGCUCACGGUACGUUGAAGAUCUGGGACUCCCAUCCAUUACAAGAUGAAAGUUCACAACUUUUUCUGUCAUCCAUUUACGACGAUUCAAGCAAUGAAACAUAUUAUAUUCUUUCUACGAUUAUCUUCGAUUCUUCUUCUAACAGUUUUACUAUCUUCUCCACUUAUAGAUUGAACACAUUUAUGGACUCGAUAGGUGACACAAAUUUUAAACCGAGGAUAUUUAUACCUCAGAUGGAAAACGCUAACGACACUAAUGAAGUAACCUCCAUUUUGGUAAUGUUCCCUAAUGCUGUGGUCAUUACUCAGGUUAACUCAAAAUUAGAUUCUAGUUAUUCAUUGAGAAGGAAAUGGGAGGAUAUUGUUAGCCUUAGAAGUGACAUUGAGAUAAUCGGUUCUGGUUACGACUCAAACUCUUUGUAUGUUUUAACCAAACAGAUGGGUGUACUACAGUUUUUUGUGAGAGAAAAUGAGGAAAAUGAUUCUAAAGCAAAUGUUGGAUUUGUCAAAUCUCAUGUUGAUCAAGCCGUAUAUUUCUCUAAAAUAAAUUCAAAUCCGAUAGAUUUUAACUUACCGCCAGAAAUUUCACUAGAUCAAGAAUCUGUUGAACAUGAUUUAAAAUUAACUAGCGAGGAGAUUUUCCACUCUAACGGUAAGUACAUACCACCUAUGCUAAAUACUUUGGGACAACAUCUCUCUGUCCGUAAAGAGUUUUUUCAAAAUUUCCUUACAUUUGUUGCUAAGAACUUCAACUACAAAAUAUCGCCCGAACUCAAAUUGAAUUUGAUUGAAAAGUUUGAGAUUUUGAAUUGCUGUAUCAAAUUUAAUAACAUCACCAGACAAUCCGAUGUAUUGAACGAUAUAUGGGAGAAGAUUCUAUCGAACUAUAAUCUAACUCAUAAUGAACACUUAACGACUGAAGCAGUUGUUAUCAACAGUCCCGAUAUAUUUCCUGUGAUCUUUAAACAGUUUUUGAACCAUGUUAUAUUUGUUCUGUUUCCAUCACAAAAUCAAAAUUUCAAGUUAAAUGUUACCGAUUUAAUCAACUCAUGCUUUUAUGAUGGAAUUCUUGAAGAAGGUGAAAAAACUAUAAGGUAUGAACUUUUGGAGUUAGACCCAAUGGAGGUUGAUACAUCCAAACUACCAUGGUUCAUUAACUUCGAUUACCUAAACUGUAUCAAUCAAUGCUUUUUCGACUUUACAUUUGCAUGUGAAGAAGAAGGGAGUCUAGCCUCUUAUAAAGAGAGUUUGUUAAAGAUUGUUAAAAUUUUAUAUUAUCUGUUCAACCAAUUCAAAAUAUGGAUCAACACGCAACACGCUGAAUCUGUAAAUGCAAAUGAAAAUUUUAUAAAUAUUAACAACCUUUACGACGAUAACCACUUGGACUGGAACCAUGUACUUUGUAAGGUUAAUCUGAAAGAACACUGUCUCCAAAUAGCAGAAUUUUACAAAGAUUUACCUGGAUUGGUACAAACACUGCAAACAUUAAAUCAAAAUGACUCAACGACCAUAUCAUUAUACGAGGCAUUCUUCAACGAAUUUCCCGAAGAGUUCAGUUUUACCUUAUUCGAAUAUUUAAUCAAGCACAAAAAAUUGAACGACCUGAUGUUUAGAUUCCCAGAGCAACACGACCUUUUAAUACAGUUUUUCCAACAGUCCGCUCCAAAAUACGGUCAUGUAGCGUGGAUCCAACAAAUACUGGAUGGAUCGUAUGCGGAUGCCAUGAAUACUUUGAAAAACAUUACUGUUGAUGAUUCAAAGAAGGGGGGAAGCUUGAGUGAAUGUGAAUUGCAUUUGAAUGUUGCGAAAUUAAGCUCGCUGCUGGUCGAAAAAGAUGACUUCGACAUUAAUAGCUUACGAAAGAUCCAGUAUAAUUUAGACACAAUCGAUGCUGAGAAAAAUAUUUCGAGCAAGUUGAAGAAGGGAGAAGUUCAGGUAUGUAAACGCUUCAAGAAUGGCCCGAUCAGCGAAGUUUUCAAUAUAUUAGUGGAAAAGCUUAAGUCAACAACAGUAAUCAAUCUAUCGGACCUCGUUGAAUUAUAUUCUAUGCUUGACGAUGAAGAGAGCUUAUUCAUACCGUUAAGGCUACUUUCGGUUGACGGAGACUUAUUGAAUUUUGAAAUCAAAAAGUUUUUGAAUGCUUUAGUAUGGAGAAGAAUCGUCUUACUGGACAAUAGCAAAGAAGGGGAUAAACUGCUUCAGCAUAUAGUCAAACGUGUUUUUGAUGAAGAGCUACUCAAAAAUAAUGAUUUUCCAUUGCCCAGUGUGGAUCUUCUAUGUGACAAAUCGUUAGUGACCCCAGAAUACAUAAGCGAAACAUAUGGCAGAUUUCCCAUUGAUCAAAAUGCUAUACGUGAAGAUAUAUAUGAGGAAAUAUCUCAGUUGGAAACGUUAAAUUCAGAUAACUCACUCGAGAUAAAGUUACACUCGAUUUUUGGCUCUGUAGCAGAAGAAAAGAACUAUACUAUCAAUUAUGAAACCAACACUGUAGAAUACUAA